UUCUCCUGCAACAUAACUUCCGGUGAGUUCUCCUAACCUCUCUCCAAACCCUAGUCCACGGUGAAUUUACUGGUAAAACCCUAGUUUUCGUUGGUAAACCCUACUUUCCAUUGGCCUAGUCGUAAUAUGGGUGAGCAAGUAAUCCGCACUAAACGUAAAGCUGCAGGCGGCCCCGGCGAAGUUGACGCCGCCGGCCCGGUUGCCCGCGCCGAGGAGGCACGCGCGCAACCCCGCCGCCUCCGUAAAAAGACCCAAGUUGUGGACAGUGAGGAGGAGGAGGCGGACGAGGGAGUGCUCCAACCUCCGUGGGUCAAUCGGGGUUAUGUGAUCCCAACAACCUUCCCCAUCGACGAGUUCCUGCGCCACGACCGCGAUGCCCGGUGGGGCGUGGCCGAGCUCGAGCGGCGCAAUGCCCAAUAUUUCUUUGGCCCCUUCCGUCCUAUACUCCCGCGCCUCGUCCGUUUGUUUUGGCAAAACAUGUACAAGCAGGACGGGUUAGCUGCCCUUUACACUGUAGUGGACGGGUUCCAUUUCAAAAUCUCCCGGGCCGUCUUGUCGCGCAUCCUUAACUGUCCCACGCAUCCCGACGAGCCCAUUUUUCAUGAGUCCGUGCGGCACCUUCUGCCGCAUGAGAUUGUUGCUGUUUUUAGUGAGGGACGUCCCACUGGUUUGGGAUACUUGCGUCGAGUUGACCUCCCCGCCCGUUUAUGGCUUGUGGACUCGGUCUUUAGGAACAUAUUCCCCACGAGUCACAAGGACGAGCGGCGUGUUGAUUUCCUUCGAGCCCUUUACUCGGUUCACUUGGGCGUCCCUCUUGACAUCCCGGGGCUUGUACUGGCCGAGAUGAAGAAAUUUCAUGAAAAUACCAGCCCUCGCACUUUGAAGUCUUCAAUGCCCUUUGCUGCCUUGGUCACUGAUAUCUUGACUCAUUCGGCUUCUCUUGUGGCGGUCCAAGGUGGACCUCCUGGGCCCUUUGAGCCGCAAUAUGAUGAGGAGGAGGAUCGCACCCCUCGCACCAUGGACCAGACCACUUGGAGGAGAAGUUUGCGAUCACUGCGGAAAUCUCGGGCUGUACAUGCCGCUGGGGUUCGCGCUGAUGAGGAAAGUGGUGAUGAUGCAGAUGUUGAGAUGGAGGCGGGACCUCACGAUUUGCCGCCUCCAUUCCAGCCACCUCCCCUGGCUGCAAUGCCACCCCAGGCGCCAGAGAAUACGUCCUAUGCGCAGUGUCAGGAUCUAGUUCAGCGCCAGAAUACUUGUCGGGCUUCUGUGGUUGCCCUUCCAAUCAGGAGUGAGCAAGUAACCCGCAGUAAGCCUCAAGCGAGGGAUGGCCCCAGUGAAAUUGAUGUGGCUGGCCAAAAUGCCCGUGUCGAGGAGGCAAAUUCACACCCCCGUCGUCUGCGUAAAAAGACCCAAGUUGUGGACAGUGAUGAGGAGGAGGCCGAUGAUGGAAAGCUCCAAGCCCAGUGGGUCAGUCGGGGUUAUGUGAUCCCUGUGACCUUUCCUAUUGAGGAAUUUCUACGCCACGCCCCUGAUGCCCAUUGGGGUAUUGCUGAGCUUGAGCGUCUUAAUGCCCAAUAUUUCUUUGGCCCCUUUCGUCCUAUAUUCCCCCGUCUCGUCCGUUUGUUUUGGCAAAACAUGUACAAGCAAGACGGAAUAGCUGCUCUUUACACUGUAGUGGAUGGGUUCCAGUUUAAAAUUUCUCGGCUUGUCUUGUCACGUAUCCUUAAUUGUCCCACAUGUCCCGAUGAGCCCAUUUUUCAUGAGUUUGUGCGGCGCCUUCAACCACAUGAGAUUGUUGCUGCUUUUAGUGAGGGGGUUCCCACGGGUUUGACCUAUUUACGUCGAGUUGACCUCCCCGCCCGUUUAUGGUUUGUGGACUCAGUCUUUAAGAACAUAUUCCCCACGAGUCACAAAGACGAGCGGCGUCUUGAUUACCUUCGAGCUCUUUACUCUAUUCAUUUGGGCGUUCCUCUUGACAUCCCGGGGCUUGUACUGGGCGAGAUGAAGAAAUUUCAUGAAAAUAGCAGCCCUCGCACUUUAAUGCCCUUUGCUACGUUGGUCACUGAUAUCUUGACUCAUCCUGCUUCUCGUGAGGCGGUCCAAGGUGGACCUCCUGGGCCCUUUGAGCCCCCACAUGAUGAGGAGAAGGAUUGUACUGCUCGCACCAAGGACCAGACCACUUGGAGGAAAAGUUUGCGAUCAUUGCGGAAAUCUCGGGCUGUACAUGCCGCCGAGGUUCGCACUGACGAGGAGGGUGGUGAUGAUGCUGAUGUUGAGAUGGAGGCAGACGAUGGGUCUCCUGCAUUACAGCCACCUCCUACGACUGCGAUGCUACCACAGGCGCCAUCGACUAUUUCCUAUGCACAGUAUCAGAAUCUGAUUCAGCGCCAGAAUUAUUGUCAGGCUUCUGUGGAUGCCCUUCGAGCCGAGAUCCAUCGAAAUGCGUAUGAGUUUCGGGGUUUUUUCCAUGCAUUGACCGGCCAGCCUCCGCUUCCGCCUUACCAGCCUCCGUCUUAUCCUCCUUUUCCCGGUGCUCAGGCCCCCCCUUCCGAUGAUGACACUUGACAUGGACUUGCGGAUUGAUUGUGGUGAAUUUGGAGCUAAACAAUGAAGUCUUGAAGGUCGGGAGGUUGGAGUGACUACUUGGCCCAAAAAGACCUUGAGCAUCCUGAUGGAAGUCGUUUGUCCGGACGUGGUUUUUCAAGCUCUCUGUACUUUAGUCCAGGCCAAACAUCCGGAUGGGGAUUGGUUGCAUCCUGAAGGAAGUUUUCAUGUUCUCUAUAUCUCAAUCUGGGCCAUGGGGGUUGGCUUUUGGAUGCGCUGUGUUGCUAACUGUACGAAAUGCUUUUAUUUUGAGGAUUCUGAGAGAGCAACUAUAUAAGAGAAAGGCCUGGAUCGGUUUAGGGUAUAGAUGAAGCUCUUUCAAGCACAGUCGUGCAUUUGUUUUGAUCGACUUGUGAUACCCGGUUAAGAUAGUUCUACUGGCAUGGACAAUUGAUGUGAACAUGAAUUUCUGCAGUUUUCGAUGGAAAUUAUGCAUUUCACCCGAUGUUGCUACAA